GUGUACAAUGUGCUGCCAGAGAGCCAGCAGGCCGAGAGGGAGGCAGCGACGGGAAAAGUGCCACAGCUGACCAGUAGGAUUCCAGAAGACAACGCUGCCGGUCCAGUAAGGGUCCUCGACUCCACUCAGUCAGAAUGGGAUGUACAACGGGCCACCUGGCCUGCCAGCCGCAGCCCCAGACCGGCUCGGGGCUGGAGGCUCAGUCCCUGGAGGCCGGUGGGGCCAAAGUGCCCGAGGUGCUGUCCUCUCUGGAGCGUCUGUCCCAGGCCACCGGGGGCAUGGAGAAGUCCUGGUACCGCUGCAUCUUUCCCUUUGGAAUCAUCUCUUUGGUUAUCGGAGUGGCAGGAACCGGGGUGACCUACACUUACAAUGACCUGCCGCAGACUAAAGUGGUGUCGGUGGUGCUGCUGGUCAUGGGUCUUCUACUGUUGCUGAUGGCAACCGCUUGUUGGACUGUUCACAAGAAGAAGCGAAGGAAAAAGAAGGAGGGAGGCUCCUUUACUUCUGAGCAGUGUCCCCUGUGAAGCACUUAGAGGAACUGGAGAACAGAGACUUGCCAGGACUGACUGGGAGCUCAAGGUUUGGCUAAAAAAGCUGCCACUUCACCUGCCAGUGAUAAAUCCCCUCUAUUCUUUACCACAGAGUCUGGCUCAGCUCAUACUGGAGAUAACUUGGGUCAGGAAAUCACACUGAGCCAAAGAACAGACAGACAGGAAACUGAAUAUCUGUCUAGUCUGUAGGUCUGGACCAGGUUUUCUGGAUUGACAAGGAGGAAUCACUAAUGUCUCACACGCUCUUUAUCAUCAGACAGCAGGUGUCCAGUGUCAAAACAACCUCCGAGCAGAGACUCAUACAUGCACUGCACACU